UAUUCACCACUAUUUAUCUCUCAUCCUUUUUGAGUUUCAAAAUGCAUAAAUACAAGAAAGAGAGACGAACGCUAGUUAAUGUCCAAGCACCAAUCUAUACCUAAUAGGAAAAAAAAACUUAUCCCCAAACCUUAGAAACUUUCUCCCCAAGCACCAUUUUAUCUUCUUUACUUCCUUUCACGUUUUUUUUUUCUCUUCAUUGUUCUUCACCAUGUCUAACGAAACCAAAGAUCUCUACAACUACCAAUACCCUUCAUCUUUCUCUUUGUACGAAAUGAUGAAACUCCCUUCUUCAGCUCAAUCAUCUUAUGGCAACAACGGUUUCGAUCAUGGCCUCCACAGUUCUCCGGGUGCGUACGAAUCUCUACUUCAGAAAACUUUUGGCCUUUCUCCCCCUUCCUCGGAGGUUUUCAACUCUUCUAUCGAUCAAGAAUCAAAUCUCUGUGCAACUAAUGACGUUACCGGUGAGACUCCCACUAGGGUUUCAGCAUCUUCUUCCUCUAGCGAGGCUGAUCAUCCCGGCGAAGACUGCGGUAAGAGCCAGAGGAAACGAGAGUUGGUUGAAGAUGGACGUGAAGAAAAUCGAAGUUCUAAAACAGUAGACAAAACGAAAAAGAAGGAGGAGAAGAAAGAAAGAGAGCCACGAGUCUCGUUUAUGACUAAAAGUGAAGUUGAUCAUCUCGAAGAUGGUUAUAGAUGGAGAAAAUACGGCCAAAAGGCCGUCAAAAGUAGCCCUUACCCAAGGAGUUACUAUAGAUGCACAACGCAAAAAUGCAACGUGAAGAAACGAGUGGAGAGAUCAUUGCAAGAUCCAACAGUUGUGAUUACAACUUACGAGGGUCAACACAACCACCCGAUACCGACUAAUCUCCGGGGAAGUUCCGCCGCGGCUGCUAUGUACUCCGCUAACUUCAUGAAUCCGAGAAGUCUUAAACAUGAUAUUUUUCGGACGGCGGCUUUGGAUUAUGGAUACGGACAGAGUGGUUAUGGUAGUGUGAAUGCUAACCCUAGUUCUCAUCAAGAGUAUCGCCAAGGAAGUGAAUAUGAGCUCUUGAAGGAGAUCUUUCCUUCCAUUUUUUUCAAGCAAGAGCCUUGAUUGAUCAUAGCUAUAAUUAAACUACAUAUAUACACUUAUAUAUUACUUCUAUAUACAUAUACUGGGAGAGAGAUUUCAAUAUAUAAGUAACUUAAAGAUCUAUUAACUCUCUUAUUUGCAUGUUCAUAUUUGUUUAUGAGAGAAUGAGAUAUAAAUGGGGCUUGGAUUAUAUUUUAUGAUGUUUAAUGGGUCAACAUUAGAGAUAUUUUCUGUUUCAUUUCUUUUUGUAAAAUUUUAUUUCCUGUUCUUGUUGGUUUUUAUU